UUCAAAUAUCUCUAACGGUCGCCCCAGCGUGAGUUUUUAUUUUUUUUAAAUGCACGUGAUGUUAGCAUGUUCUCUCCAUUCCAGAAUGUGAUUGAUACGUAACAGUGCAUUUAAUCCGCGCUGCCCUCAAACUAAAAGCACGCAGCCCGUUUUUUAUUUAUAGGCUGUUUCAAUUUCAAAUGAAUUGCCAGUUUUUAUUUUCUAAGAACAGUUUGAAUUUAGGUGUGUUCCACCUCAUUCAUUCUCAUAAAAAUGGUCAUUUUUACUUUUGUGGACAAUUUAAUAUUUGGGACAUUUCUGACCCGGACAAAAUUCCCAAGCACUUCCCAAUUGUUUGUGCAGUUCAAGUCUGCAGACAUUUGCUCAUCUCCCGUCAGAACAGGAUCUGCACACGUGUUCACAUUUUCCAUCUGUUGCCCUCAUUGCAGUCAUUGUUUUCGUUACUAAUAACUUUGGAAAUGUGUGCGUUUCUAUCAAAGUGAAUUAUUACGUUGUAAUAGUUUCUAUGUCGUUUCUAUUGUAGCAUACUGUAUGUAUAGAGCAUAAUAUAUUUGUGUAUAUUCUUUAUAACCGCAGACACGUGAGGUAACGUUACUCAUUUUAUAACCUUCAUGGUGUUAUAUUCAAUCGUGCUUAGGUAGCUAGCUACUUCUAUCAGCUCUGUAAAACAAUGCUAAUUGCGUCAGAGAAGUAUUAUCUUGUGAUGUAUUUUGAAGCUACAUGACCUUAUGACUUCCAAGUGGCACAGCGGUCAAAGGCACAGCACAUCAAUGCUAGAGAUGACACUACAGACUCCCGGGUUCAAAUCCAUGCUGCGUUUCUAUCAAAGUAAGUGCCUAAUUAUGUUAGUUUCCGUAUGCCGUUUCUGCUGUAGCUCACUAUGUAUGGAGCAUAAGAUAUUUGUGUAUAUUCUUUAUAACAGCUGACACGUGAGGUAAUGUUACUCAUUUUAUAACCUUCAUGGUGUUAUAUUCAAUCGUGCUUAGGUAGCUAGCUACAUUCUUCCAUUAGCUCUGUAAAACAAUGCUAGUUGUGUCAGAAGUAUUAGCUUGUGUUGUAUUUUGAAGCUACCCUGGCCUUAUGACUCCCAAGUGGUGCAGCGGUCUAUGCCACUGCAUCUCAGUGCUAGAGGCAUCACUACAGAUACCCUGGUUCAAAUCCAGGCUGUAUCACAACUGGCUGUGAUUGGGAGUCCCAUAGGGCAGCGCACAAUUGGCCCAGCGUCCGAGUCUGGCCGGUGUAGGCCAUCAUUGUAUAGCUCUGUUCUGCCCUGCCUUGCCCCCUUGUGGAGCUCAAAAGUUAGUUUCUUACUGUUAUAACUCUGUGAUUUUGUCAAUGCAAUAAACUCUUCUUUUUUUUAGCAGUGAUCAUUAUGUUACUUAUUUGUAAUAUUGCUAUAUCCUAAUAUUGUAUACUAAUUAAUAUUUCCCCCUUUAUUCUGUACUUUCAGAAACCACAAACAGUAUUUGCCAAUAUCAUAACUGGAAUUGGACAUCUUUGGAGCUGAAGAAUAAGGACAGCUAUUGUAUGCUAACCUACACUCCUUAACAGUUGUACUGGAUGAAAACACAGCAAGAAAACACACAGGCCAAUAUGUAAUAGUCGUCUAUUUUAUUGCAGUAUUGGUAGUUGGUUCAACAACAACAACUUGUUGUACUAGAGGACAAAAAACUGAAUAUGCAUAACCCAUAUUUAAUAUUCAUGCAGUGACUGAACAACAACUGCAUUUCCACCCCCACCUCUAAAGGCAUAGUAUCAUGGCAGGUCACCUGUCAAGUCACCUGUCAGGUCAGUCAGUCACUUAUCGCUGCAGAUGUGCUCAAUAAUGCUUGAGCAUGUGAUACUCCUCAAAGCAUGGUGAAAUACAUAGAGGUGUAUCACAAGCUAAACACAUGUAUUUUGUCAUCUUCUCCUGGCGCCAGACAGGCAGACUUUGCAGUGCCUCCGUGUGCGACUACCUUGAGCAGCAGUUUGAGGGACUUUGCAGGGAAAAUGCUGUGUAGUGAGGCGUAGGGGAUUGUCUACAGCAGGGCGACCCCCAGUGGAUGGGCGCCGAGGGGUGUGGUGCUCCUCCAGCAGUUCUCUCAUGAGCUUCUCUCUGUACUUUUGGUAGGUAAUUACUUUACCUAUGAGGGAGUGAGGAUGAGGAUGAUGAGGCAGUGGGUAGGUGGGUGAGAUUUUGUCACUAUAAUUGCAUAAUGGAUUUAUGUGAACAGUACAACCAGUUACAAAAAUACCUUGUUCAGUAAUCAUCUCACCUGUUAGUUGGCGGUGAACUAUGCUGCCGUUGAGGACAGCAGUGUCGACCAGAUGGAAAAAAAAUAUCUUCUUAUACCACUUGGUCAUAUUCAGAGUGCAUUCCACAAAGCUGUUUAUCAUGUCCGCCUUAUACACGGCCCCCAUUUUGAGGAGAUAGUCAAGCGCACAAUCUGGUUUGAUCUUUCUCUCUCCCGUCAGGUGGUCCACCUUCCCUGUGGCCGACAUGGUUGCUGUAUGGACAGUGGAGAGGAAAAGGACGUCUUGUUUGUCAUGCCACUUUACUGCCAUCUGUUGACCGUUCUCCUGGAACUCCACCUCCCCUCUCUGCAUCUUCCUGCAUCCGUAUGCCGGCAUCCCCUUCCUGUUCGACCUGACUGUGCCACAGGCCCCUGUGCUGUUGGAGAGCAGAUGCUGUGGAAGAGUGUGGGACUGCUGUACCAAUUGUCCACAGAUGCAGUCGCAGGUAAAACACAACUUCCACCCAGAGAGUGAGGUGAACAUCAACAAGCUGGUGAACAUCAAGCUGACUGCAUCCUACACCUACCUCUCCCUGGGGAUGUAUUUCGACAGGGACGAUGUGGCUUUGCGCAGCUUCUCUAGUUUUUUCCUGGAGCGCUCUGUGAAGGAGAGAGAGCAGGCAGAAAAAUUGCUGGAAUACCAGAAUAUGAGAGGCGGUCGCGUUCUCCUUCAGCCCAUCGCUAAACCCAGCAGGCAGGACUGGCGAGGUGGCCUGGAUGCCAUCACCUUCUCCCUGGAGUUUCAGAAAACCCUCAACACGUCCCUCCUCGAAGUGCACCGUGGUGCCAACACACACACUGACCCCCAUCUGUGUGACUUCCUAGAGCAGCACUUCCUGUCCGACAGCCAUGACACCAUCAAGAAGCUGGGUGACCAUCUGGGCAGCCUGACCCGCCUCACUUCCUCCGAGACCCAUGGCUCCAUGGGAGAAUACCUGUUUGACAAGCACACCCUGUAAGACUCACAGCAAGAAGAGAGCACAGCUUUCACACAGGGACUGGAGUCUUGAGAGUUGCAUUUCCAUUACAAGUAGCACUAAAGUGGGAUUUAGCAAUAGAACCACAUACCUCUUACAGUACGUACAGAAAACAAUUUUAAGACCAUGGAACAGUUGAAUACCUCAACACCCGUUUACCACUUCUGAUGUGAACAGUAGUUACCACUGACAAACAGAAAGGUGUAAUGGGUUCGCACUCAAAGAUAUGUCGCAUAAAUCUUACUAUUCAAUUUUAUUGAAAUUAUUUUCACUGCAUCAGUACAAAGACAUUUCGGCUUUUUUAAUUUUUUCUUUAUUUUACUAGGCAAGUCAGUUAAGAACAAAUUCUUAUUUUCAAUGACGGCCUAGGAACAGUGGGUUAACUGCCUGUUCAGGGGCAGAACGACAGAUUUGUACCUUGUCAGCUCGGGGAUUUGAACUUGCAACCUUUCGGUUACUAGUCCAACACUCUUACCACUAGGCUACUCUGCCGCCCUUUACAUCCUUCAGUGUGUAGGUACAAUUUUAUUUGAAUUCGAAACCGCAUUUUUAGAGAACAACCGAUGAGCAGCAGGUACCUCUGAUCAGGGUUGCCACUCAUCUGCCAAUCAGGUAUGUGUCUUUGCUGGCCAACCUGUAUGCAAAUUAGUCACAGAGUAAUACAGAAUUAUAGGAUAUGGGAGUGGGCACGAAGGGCAACCGCCCCAGGUGUCCGUUCACCUAAACAACUCUGGUGCUAUAAGUCAACUUUGUUUCUGCCAUAGAGUUGAUCAAGCAUUCCAGCAGUAAAUAUGCUUCAUUGUGUUGUGCAUUCCUACAUACAGUGGGGGGAAAAAGUAUUUAGUCAGCCACCAAUUGUGCAAGUUCCCCCACUUAAAAAGAUGAGAGAGGCCUGUAAUUUUCAUCAUAGGUACACUUCAACUAUGACAGACAAAAUGAGUAAAACAAAUCCAGAAAAUCACAUUGUAGGAUUUUUAAUGAAUUUAUUUGCAAAUUAUGGUGGAAAAUAAGUAUUUGGUCAAUAACAAAAGUUUAUCACAAUACAAUGUUAUAUACGCUUUGUUGGCAAUGUCAAACGUUUUCUGUAAGUCUUCACAAGGUUUUCACACACUGUUGCUGGUAUUUUGGCCCAUUCCUCCAUGCAGAUCUCCUCUAGAGCAGUGAUGUUUUGGGGCUGUUGCUGGGCAACACGGACU